GUAGACUGGACCUUUUCCACACUUUAAAGGCAAUAUUACGUCAUCAUCUUAGAAAGAAACAAAGCGCAAUCCUGUGUAGAACGGGCAGCCCGCAUACUGGACAAACACUCCGCAAGUACCUACCAUCAAGAGCGAUUAACAACGAAUUUGUUAUUCUGCAGACAAAUCAGACAAAGAGAAGACAAACACAUCAUCUUAUUUCUUAUACCAGAUAUACUAUUGUGUUUCUCAUUAAAAUGUCAGAUAUGACCAACCUGUACCAAAACCCUGAAAGUACGUGUGAUCUCAGCUGGAUUUGGAGAGACUUUCACGAAGUCAUUUUUGAAAACAACCAAUUAAAAGAGAAAGCCAAGAAAUUCAAACGGUACAUCAAGAAGCUGAAGGUCCAAAGCGCAGACAUGCAAACCAAGCUGGCCCAAUAUGAGAUUCACUUUGGAAAGCUAACUGAUGAAGCAGUAGUAAUUACAGAGCAAAUCACCAAGAUGAGCUCACUGCUGGAAUCCAAAACGGAUUUUUGGGGGGACCAGGUUUGUUCAGAGGCUCAGGAAGAGUCUAGGGACUCUGAACUGGAAAUGAAGAGGCUGAAAGAACAGCUUCAGCAGAGGGACAGUGAAAUCUUGAACCUGCAACAGGACAACAAGGCUUUGUCUGCCAAAGUUUCACGCCUUCAGAAAGCCAAGGCUCAGUGGAAUGAGGCAGACAAAGAAAUCCUGAACCUACAACAAGAGAACGAGAUCCUGUCUGCCGAAAAUUCUCGCCUUCAGAAAGCUGAGGCUCAGUGGAAUGAGGCAGCACACAGGAAAAUCCUGCACCUACAACAGAAGAACAAGGCUUUGUCUGCCGAAGUUUCACACCUUCAGAAAGCCGAGGCUCAGUGGAAUGAGGCAGACAAAGAAAUCCUGAACCUACAACAGGAGAACGAGAUCCUGUCUGCCGAAAAUUCUCGCCUUCAGAAAGCUGAGGCUCAGUGGAAUGAGGCAGCACACAGGAAAAUCCUGCACCUACAACAGAAGAACAAGGCUUUGUCUGCCGAAGUUUCACACCUUCAGAAAGCCGAGGCUCAGUGGAAUGAGGCAGACAAAGAAAUCCUGAACCUACAACAGGAGAACGAGAUCCUGUCUGCCGAAAAUUCUCGCCUUCAGAAAGCUGAGGCUCAGUGGAAUGAGGCAGCACACAGGAAAAUCCUGCACCUACAACAGAAGAACAAGGCUUUGUCUGCCAAAGUUUCACACCUUCAGAAAGCCGAGGCUCAGUGGAAUGAGGCAGACAAAGAAAUCCUGAACCUACAACAGGAGAACGAGAUCCUGUCUGCAGAAAAUUCUCGCCUUCAGAAAGCCGAGGCUCAGUGGAAUGAGGCGGAUGGGGAAAUCCUGAACCUACAACAGAAGAACAAGGCUUUGUCUGCCGAAGUUUCACGCCUUCAGAAAGCUGAGGCUCAGUGGAAUGAGGCGGAUGGGGAAAUCCUGAACCUACAACAGAAGAACAAGGCUUUGUCUGCAGAAGUUUCACGCCUUCAGAAAGCCGAGGCUCAGUGGAAUGAGGCGGAUGGGGAAAUCCUGAACCUGCAACAGAAGAACAAGGCUUUGUCUGCCGAAGUUUCACGCCUUCAGAAAGCCGAGGCUCAGUGGAAUGAGGCAGAUGGGGAAAUCCUGAACCUGCAACAGAAGAACAAGGCUUUGUCUGCCAAGGUUUCACGCCUUCAGAAAGCCGAGGCUCAGUGGAAUGAGGCAGACGGAGAAAUCCUGAACCUACAACAGGAGAACAAGAUCCUGUCUGCUGAAAAUUCUCGCCUUCAGAAAGCCGAGGCUCAGUGGAAUGAGGCAGCACACAGGAAAAUCCUGAACUUGCAACAGGAGAACAAGACUUUGUCUGCCAAGGUUUCACGCCUUCAGAAAGCCGAGGCUCAGUGGAAUGAGGCAGACGGAGAAAUCCUGAACCUACAACAGGAGAACAAAAUCCUGUCUGCUGAAAAUUCUCGCCUUCAGAAAGCCGAGGCUCAGUGGAAUGAGGCAGAUGGGGAAAUCCUGAACCUGCAACAGAAGAACAAGGCUUUGUCUGCCAAGGUUUCACGCCUUCAGAAAGCCGAGACUCAGUGGAAUGAGGCAGACGGAGAAAUCCUGAACCUACAACAGGAGAACAAGAUCCUGUCUGCCAAGGUUUCACGCCUUCAGAAAGCCGAGGCUCAGUGGAAUGAGGCAGCACACAGGAAAAUCCUGAACCUGCAACAAGAGAACGAGAUCCUGUCUGCCGAAAAUUCUCGCCUUCAGAAAGCCGAGGCUCAGUGGAAUGAGGCAGAUGGGGAAAUCCUGAACCUACAACAGAAGAACAAGGCUUUGUCUGCCAAGGUUUCACGCCUUCAGAAAGCCGAGGCUCAGUGGAAUGAGGCAGACAAGGAAAUCCUGAACCUGCAACAAGAGAACGAGAUCCUGUCUGCCGAAAAUUCUCGCCUUCAGAAAGCCGAGGCUCAGUGGAAUGAGGCAGACGGGGAAAUCCUGAACCUACAACAGAAGAACAAGGCUUUGUCUGCCAAGGUUUCACGCCUUCAGAAAGCCGAGGCUCAGUGGAAUGAGGCAGACAAGGAAAUCCUGAACCUACAACAGAAGAACGAGAUCCUGUCUGCCGAAAAUUCUCGCCUUCAGAAAGCCGAGGCUCAGUGGAAUGAGGCAGCACACAGGAAAAUCCUGAACUUGCAACAGGAGAACAAGACUUUGUCUGCCAAGGUUUCACACCUUCAGAAAGCCGAGGCUCAGUGGAAUGAGGCAGCACACAGGAAAAUCCUGAACCUGCAACAAGAGAAUGAGAUCCUGUCUGCCGAAAAUUCUCGCCUUCAAAAAGCCGAGGCUCAGUGGAAUGAGGCAGAUGGGGAAAUCCUGAACCUGCAACAGAAGAACAAGGCUUUGUCUGCAGAAGUUUCACGCCUUCAGAAAGCAGAGGCUCAGUGGAAUGAGGCAGCACACAGGAAAAUCCUGAACCUGCAACAAGAGAAUGAGAUCCUGUCUGCCGAAAAUUCUCGCCUUCAAAAAGCCGAGGCUCAGUGGAAUGAGGCAGAUGGGGAAAUCCUGAACCUGCAACAGAAGAACAAGGCUUUGUCUGCAGAAGUUUCACGCCUUCAGAAAGCCGAGGCUCAGUGGAAUGAGGCUGCACACAGGAAAAUCCUGAACCUGCAACACGAGAACGAGAUCCUGAGUGCCGAAAAUUCUCGCCUUCAGAAAGCCGAGGCUCAGUGGAAUGAGGCAGAUGGGGAAAUCCUGAACCUACAACAGGAGAACAAGACUUUGUCUGCCAAAGUUUCACGCCUUCAGAAAGCCGAGGCUCAGUGGAAUGAGGCUGCACACAGGAAAAUCCUGAACCUGCAACAGGAGAACAAGACUUUGUCUGCAGAAGUUUCACGCCUUCAGAAAGCCGAGGCUCAGUGGAAUGAGGCAGAUGGGGAAAUCCUGAACCUACAACAGGAGAACAAGACUUUGUCUGCAGACGUUUCACGCCUUCAGAAAGCCGAGGCUCAGUGGAAUGAGGCUGCACACAGGAAAAUCCUGAACCUGCAACACGAGAACAAGACUUUGUCUGCAGAGGUUUCACGCCUUCAGAAAGCCGAGGCUCAGUGGAAUGAGGCAGAUGGGGAAAUCCUGAACCUACAACAGGAGAACAAGACUUUGUCUGCAGAGGUUUCACGCCUUCAGAAAGCCGAGGCUCAGUGGAAUGAGGCAGCACACAGGAAAAUCCUGAACCUGCAACACGAUAACGAGACUUUGUCUGCAGAGGUUUCACGCCUUCAGAAAGCCGAGGCUCAGUGGAAUGAGGCAGAAGAGGAAAUCCUGAACCUGCAACACGAGAACAAGGCUUUGUCUGCAGAGGUUUCACGCCUUCAGAAAGCCGAGGCUCAGUGGAAUGAGGCAGACAAGGAAAUCCUGAACCUGCAAGAGGAGAACGAGACUUUAUCUGCAGAGGUUUCACGUCUUCAGAAAGCCGAGGCUCAGUGGAAUGAGGCAGACAAGGAAGUCCUGAACCUGCAAGAGGAGAUCGAGACUUUGUCUGCAGAGGUUUCACGCCUUCAGAAAGCCGAGGCUCAGUGGAAUGAGGCAGCACACAGGAAAAUCCUGAACCUGCAAGAGGAGAACGAGACUUUGUCUGCCGAAGUUUCACGCCUUCAGAAAGCUGAGGCUCAGUGGAAUGAGGCAGAUGAGGAAAUCGUGAACCUGCAACAGGAGAACAAGACUUUGUCUGUAGAGGUUUCACGCCUUCAGAAAGCCGAGGCUCAGUGGAAUGAGGCUGCACACAGGAAAAUCCUGAACCUGCAACACGAGAACAAGACUUUGUCUGCAGAGGUUUCACGCCUUCAGAAAGCCGAGGCUCAGUGGAAUGAGGCAGACAAGGAAAUCCUGAACCUGCAAGAGGAGAACGAGACUUUGUCUGCAGAGGUUUCACGCCUUCAGAAAGCCGAGGCUCAGUGGAAUGAGGCAGACGAGGAAAUCCUGAACCUGCAAGAGGAGAAUGAGACUUUGUCUGCAGAGGUUUCACGCCUUCAGAAAGCCGAGGCUCAGUGGAAUGAGGCAGAAGAGGAAAUCCUGAACCUGCAAGAGGAGAACGAGACUUUGUCUGCAGAGGUUUCACGCCUUCAGAAAGCCGAGGCUCAGUGGAAUGAGGCAGACGAGGAAAUCCUGAACCUGCAAGAAGUGAACAAGACUUUGUCUGCAGAAGUUUCACGCCUUCAGAAAGCCGAGGCUCAGUGGAAUGAGGCAGACGAGGAAAUCCUGAACCUGCAAGAGGAGAAUGAGACUUUGUCUGCAGAGGUUUCACGCCUUCAGAAAGCCGAGGCUCAGUGGAAUGAGGCAGAAGAGGAAAUCCUGAACCUGCAAGAGGAGAACGAGACUUUGUCUGCAGAGGUUUCACGCCUUCAGAAAGCCGAGGCUCAGUGGAAUGAGGCAGACGAGGAAAUCCUGAACCUGCAAGAAGUGAACAAGACUUUGUCUGCAGAAGUUUCACGCCUUCAGAAAGCCGAGGCUCAGUGGAAUGAGGCAGACGAGGAAAUCCUGAACCUGCAAGACGUGAACGAGACUUUGUCUGCAGAGGUUUCACGCCUUCAGAAAGCCGAGGCUCAGUGGAAUGAGGCAGAAGAGGAAAUCCUGAACCUGCAAGAGGAGAACGAGACUUUGUCUGCAGAGGUUUCACGCCUUCAGAAAGCCGAGGCUCAGUGGAAUGAGGCAGACGAGGAAAUCCUGAACCUGCAAGAAGUGAACAAGACUUUGUCUGCAGAAGUUUCACGCCUUCAGAAAGCCGAGGCUCAGUGGAAUGAGGCAGACGAGGAAAUCCUGAACCUGCAAGAAGAGAACAAGACUUUGUCUGCAGAGGUUUCACGCCUUCAGAAAGCCGAGGCUCAGUGGAAUGAGGCAGAAGAGGAAAUCCUGAACCUGCAAGAGGAGAACGAGACUUUGUCUGCAGAGGUUUCACGCCUUCAGAAAGCCGAGGCUCAGUGGAAUGAGGCAGACGAGGAAAUCCUGAACCUGCAAGAAGUGAACAAGACUUUGUCUGCAGAAGUUUCACGCCUUCAGAAAGCCGAGGCUCAGUGGAAUGAGGCAGACGAGGAAAUCCUGAACCUGCAAGAGGAGAAUGAGACUUUGUCUGCAGAGGUUUCACGCCUUCAGAAAGCCGAGGCUCAGUGGAAUGAGGCAGAAGAGGAAAUCCUGAACCUGCAAGAGGAGAACGAGACUUUGUCUGCAGAGGUUUCACGCCUUCAGAAAGCCGAGGCUCAGUGGAAUGAGGCAGACGAGGAAAUCCUGAACCUGCAAGAAGUGAACAAGACUUUGUCUGCAGAAGUUUCACGCCUUCAGAAAGCCGAGGCUCAGUGGAAUGAGGCAGACGAGGAAAUCCUGAACCUGCAAGAAGUGAACAAGACUUUGUCUGCAGAGGUUUCACGCCUUCAGAAAGCCGAGGCUCAGUGGAAUGAGGCAGAAGAGGAAAUCCUGAACCUGCAAGAGGAGAACGAGACUUUGUCUGCAGAGGUUUCACGCCUUCAGAAAGCCGAGGCUCAGUGGAAUGAGGCAGACGAGGAAAUCCUGAACCUGCAAGAAGUGAACAAGACUUUGUCUGCAGAAGUUUCACGCCUUCAGAAAGCCGAGGCUCAGUGGAAUGAGGCAGACGAGGAAAUCCUGAACCUGCAAGAGGAGAAUGAGACUUUGUCUGCAGAGGUUUCACGCCUUCAGAAAGCCGAGGCUCAGUGGAAUGAGGCAGAAGAGGAAAUCCUGAACCUGCAAGAGGAGAACGAGACUUUGUCUGCAGAGGUUUCACGCCUUCAGAAAGCCGAGGCUCAGUGGAAUGAGGCAGACGAGGAAAUCCUGAACCUGCAAGAAGUGAACAAGACUUUGUCUGCAGAAGUUUCACGCCUUCAGAAAGCCGAGGCUCAGUGGAAUGAGGCAGACGAGGAAAUCCUGAACCUGCAAGAAGUGAACAAGACUUUGUCUGCAGAAGUUUCAUGCCUUCAGAAAGCCGAGGCUCAGUGGAAUGAGGCAGACGAGGAAAUCCUGAACCUGCAAGAGGAGAAUGAGACUUUGUCUGCAGAGGUUUCAUGCCUUCAGAAAGCCGAGGCUCAGUGGAAUGAGGCAGAAGAGGAAAUCCUGAACCUGCAAGAAGUGAACAAGACUUUGUCUGCAGAGGUUUCACGCCUUCAGAAAGCCGAGGCUCAGUGGAAUGAGGCAGACGAGGAAAUCCUGAACCUGCAAGAAGUGAACAAGACUUUGUCUGCAGAAGUUUCACGCCUUCAGAAAGCCGAGGCUCAGUGGAAUGAGGCAGACGAGGAAAUCCUGAACCUGCAAGAGGAGAACGAGACUUUGUCUGCAGAGGUUUCACGCCUUCAGAAAGCUGAGGCUCAGUGGAAUGAGGCAGCACACAGAGAGAUGGUGGAGCAGGGAAUGCUGGCUCUCGAAGAUGAAAAAAGAAAAGAAAAUAAAUUCAGUGAAGAAAAACAGCUGGAAGAGGGAAAGAAAGGUCUGUAUGGACAGCAUCAGGAAUCCCAGAAAGUCAGUCAGGCAAAAAAAGAACUGACAAAAUUGCUGAAAGACCUGGAAGAGAAGAAUUUGCAGUUCGGACAGUCAGACGUGGAUGAAGAUAGUAAUGAAAUAAAGAAGCUCCUGAAACAGAAAGAUAAAAUAGAAACCAAACUGCUGGAAGCCAGAGUGAAAGAAUUAAAUAAGCGGAUGAAAAAACGAGAAGAGGAAGAAAGAAAACGGCAAAAAAGACAGGAAAAAGAGGCAAAGAAGAUGAAAUCACAGGAGCAGAAUGUGAACCGACGACGUGGCAUCUGGUCAUUGUUCUCCUCCUCAGCUCCACCUGAGGAUUAGCCUCCUCUUCGUCUCUCUUCUCUCCAACCUCUAUCUUUGCUUCUAUCGCCCUCCCUCCAGCCUCAGUCCCUACCCUCCUCACUCUUUCCCACUAUCCUCUCCUCUUCUUUCCUUUCACACACACAGCCAGCCGGUCUCAGCAGAUGGCCGCCCCUCCCUGAGCCUGGUUCUGCUGGAGGUUUCUUCCUUUUAGAAGGGACUUUUUCCUCCCAACUGUCGCCUAGUGCUUGUUCAUAGGGGAUCAUAUUCUGAUUGCUCGGAUCUUACUCUUUCCUCUUUUUUCUCUCCUAC